AUGAGCCGACGGUCCGCGGUGUCUGGGAUUUGCAUGCGGCAGCUGCGCCCCCCCCCCCCCCCCACCGCCUCCCGGGCAAAGUUCAUUAACCCCGGACCGCUGUUCCCGGGAGCCGAUGGAAUCGAAUUACCGCCCCAGGACAGAUUGCUCCGUGGCGAAGGCCGUCUCGUUUUCCAUCGUGCGCUCGCGACGCGACUCGCGCUAGCUCAGCGUCCGUGUCGCCUU